UAGAUAUAAGCAACACAUCAAUUCAUUGGUUUCUUAACAUCUAUAAAUCCUCUGAAUAUACCCAACACUCUAACUCCAUUAGUUUCGUAUUCAAAUCUCCUCCUUUGAAUGCCAAACAAUGUGGAUUUUCGGAAGAAAAGGGGAAUCGGGAUUUUCAGCUUCUUCGACAGCAAAGGAAGUUACUGAUGGAAUCCAAGGAUCGGGUCUUACUGCCAUUGUCACUGGAGCAACAAGCGGUAUUGGGGCUGAGACGGCACGAGUCCUUGCCAUGCGCGGGGUACAUGUGGUUAUGGCAGUAAGAAACACAGAAAAAUGCAAUAAAGUUAAAGAAGCUAUAAUUAUGAAGACACCUAAUGCUAAAGUUGAUAUAAUGGAGUUGGAUCUAAGCUCUCAAGAAUCCGUAAGGGAUUUUGCAGCCAAAUAUCGUUCUUUGGGCCUUCCCUUGCACAUUUUAAUUAACAAUGCAGGGGUUUUGUCUCCACCAUUCAAGCUUUCAAAGGAGAAAAUUGAGCUACAUUUCGCUACUAAUCACGUAGGUCAUUUUCUUUUGACAAAUCUCUUGCUAGAGACGAUGAAGGCUACUUCGUAUGAACAAAAAACUGAAGGAAGAAUAAUCAAUGUGUCAUCUGAGGGUCAUCGUUUAGUGAGAAAGGGAACUUUCUCUGAUCAUAUAAAUGAUAAAUCAAGUUAUAGUCAUAUAUAUGCUUAUGCAGUAUCAAAACUAGCGAAUAUACUCCACACAAAUGAGCUUGCAAGGCGUUUGAAGGAGGAUGGGGUGAACAUCACCACUAAUUCAUUACAUCCCGGAUUUAUUGCCACUGAAAUUUUUCGUGGCCAUAGUAUUUUCUCAGUUUUCUGCAACGUGAUUCUGAAGUAUUUCAUAAAAGAUGUUUCACAGGGAGCGGCGACAACAUGCUAUUUAGCUUUGAAUCCAAAGGUGAAAGGCAUCACGGGUAAUUAUUUUACUGACAGUAAUUUGGUGAAACCAUCUCGGAUAGCGAAAGAUGAAGAGUUGGCCAAGAAAUUGUGGGAGUUCAGUUUGAGCCUGACUAGCUAGCUCUUAAUGAAAACUUCGCUGUUCAGUUAUUUAAACAAGUUUGGAUUAAUGGCAGUUUAUUUGUCGAUGUAUUAUGUGUAGUUUGAUAGAUAGCAAACAAGGUUUCGCAACCUGUUAUCUACAUUGUUCAUACUUGCAAUUCCGUUUAAUACAAGAUUGCACAAAUUGUCUAGUA